AUGACGAGAGGAAAUUCGUUGGGACCAAAAAUCACUACUGUUGAGAUUUAUUUGGAAAAUUUUGAUACGGAGUUAUAUGAAGAAAUUCAGCGAGGCACUGUAUUGAAAUAUUCUGACGUGAAGGACCCGGUUGUCCUUUGGUGGACGCCGUUCACUGGUGAGCCUGGGACCCUCAGGCAGUGCGGUGACUCUUGGUGCUACGUCACCGAUGACCGUCAGUUCUUCCACGAUGGCCUCGCACGGGCGGUCCUGUUCUACGGCUCGAGGCUGGACCUUCUGGACUUGCCGCGGCCGCGAGACGGGCCGCGUCUCCUCUGGGCCUUGCUGCACGAGGAGUCGCCCAAGAACGUGCCGGCCCUCUGCCACGAGGCCUUGCUCUCCCUCUUCAACCACUCGUCCACGUUCAGCCGGCACAGCGACGUCCCGCUGACGCUGCAGUACCUGGGCGGCUCCGAGCUGCUCGCGACCACGAAGUAUGUGGUCGCGACCGCGGAGAAGGACGCGCUUCUGGGGGAACUGGCCCCGGUGCUGUACAUCCAGUCGAGCUGCGACGCCCCGUCUGGCCGGGACAGCUACGUGCGGGAGCUGGGCAGAUACAUCGGGGUGGACUCAUACGGGAAGUGCCUUCAGAACAAGAAACUUCCUGAGAACAUCGCGAAUCACAGCGAGGGCCAGGACUCGGAAGACUUCCUGAACUUCAUGGCGCGCUACAAGUUCACGCUCGCCCUGGAGAACGCCGUCUGCGAGGACUACAUCACGGAGAAGCUGUGGCGGCCGCUGGUCGUGGGAUCCGUCCCCGUCUACAUGGGCUCGCCGUCCGUGAGAGACUGGCUUCCAAACAACGAAUCUGCGAUCCUCGUUUCCGACUUCAAUUCCCCCAGAGAUCUCGCCAGACACCUUCUGGCCCUCAACGUUGAUACCGCAGCCUACGAGCGUCACCUCCAGCACAAGGCCGGAAGGGUCGAGAACCGGAGGUUGUUGUCAGCUCUGGAUGCCCGCCCCCCGGGGUCCGACUGGGGGCGCUACGUACAGCGCUUGGAGUGCCUCGUCUGUGAGAGGCUGGGGCCCGGCGGGGCAGGGACUCGCAGCGUCGUCGGUCCCCGGCAGUACGACUGCCCCGAGCCCCGGUCGCCCCUGACGGGACGGCGGGACGAGCUCGCCCCGUGGAACCAGGUCUGGCAGGCGGGGCGGUGCGAAGCGAGUCUCAGCAGGAGCAUCGCGUUGCACAACAGGACAGUGUCCCGAGAGGAGUACUCUGAGCGCCUGCUCCAGCUCUUACAGUCUGGGGAGUGCUGACGUGUCCGUUACUGCUCCAAAUCUUGCAGUCUGGAGAAUGUCGACGUGUCUGUUACUGCUCCAACUCUUACAGUCCGGAAUGUGUCAACAUGUUCGUUACUGCUCCAACUCUUGCAGUCUGGAGUGUGUCGACGUGACUGUUACUGCUCCAACUCUUGCAGUCUGGAGUGUGUCGACGUGACUGUUACUGCUUCAACUCUUGCAGUCUGGAGAGUGUCGACGUGACUGUUACUGCUUCAACUCUUGCAGUCUGGAGUGUGUCAAUGUGUUCGUUACUGCUCCAACUAUUGCAGUCUGGAGUGUGUCGACAUGUACGUUACUGCUCCAACUCUUGUAGUCUGGAGUGUGUCGACGUGACUGUUACUGCUCCAACUCUUACAGUCUAGAAUGUGUCAACAUGUCUGUUACUGCUUCAACUCUUGCAGUCUGGAGUGUGUCGACAUGUCCGUUACUGCUCCAACUCUUGCAGUCUGGAGUGUGUCGACGUGUCCAUUACUGCUCCAACUCUUGCAGUUUGGAGAGUGUCAACGUGACUGUUACUGCUCCAACUCUUACAGUCCGGAAUGUGUCAACAUGUUCGUUACUGCUCCAACUCUUGCAGUCUGGAUUGUGUCGACGUGUCCGUUACUGCUCCAACUCUUGCAGUUUGGAGAAUGUCGACGUGUCCGUUACUGCUCCAACGCUUGCAGGCUGGAGUGUGUCAACGUGUCCAUUACUGCUCCAACUCUUGCAGUUUGGAGAAUGUCGACGUGUCCAUUACUGCUCCAACUCUUGCAGUUUGGAGUUUCGACGUGACUGUUACUGCUCCAACUCUUACAGUCUGGAAUGUGUCAACAUGUACGUUACUGCUUCAACUCUUGCAGUCUGGAGUGUGUCAAGGUAUCCAUUACUGCUCCAACUCUUGCAGUUUGGAGAAUGUCGACGUGUCCGUUACUGCUUCAACUCUUGCAGUUUGGAGUGUCGACGUGACUGUUACUGCUCCAACUCUUACAGUCUGGAAUGUGUCAACAUGUACGUUACUGCUUCAACUCUUGCAGUCUGGAGUGUGUCAAUGUGUCCGUUACUGCUCCAACUCUUGCAGUCUGGAGUGUGUUGACGUGUCCGUUACUGCUUCAACUAUUGCAGUCUGGGGAGUGCUGACAUGUCUUUUACUGCUUUGAGAAGUUGGCAGUGAACUUUGCUACGAGGAGAAGUCAGGGAAGCUUUAUUCUCAUUUUAGCUGCUAUUCGGAGUGGCAGUCAGAUGUAAAAAAAACCUUUAUUUUUGAAACAUGGCUGUGAAGUGAUUAUUUGUGUAUAGCACUGAAAUGCAAGUUAUAUCAUGGAAUUAAGUAGCAUUUAACUAAAAUUCAAUUCAAAAAUUAAAAAAAGUUAUCUUUUAAUGUUUGAAAAUCAUGAGAUGUCAUUUCCAGACAACAAAUUGUACCAAAGUGCAUGAAUUAAAAAAAAAAUUAAUAUAAUUUGUUUCAUUUUGCAUUUCUUAUUGGAUCACAUUUUAACUACAAAUACUCCUUUAUUUUUUUUUUUGUUCUGAUUGUAUUUGUAUUAUACCAAUUAAAAAUUAUUUUAUUGUAAAAAUGUAGAAUAUAAAUUUUAACACAAUUUUGGUGGAGUAUUACAAAAUAGCUUUUAUAAAAAUAAAAACAGUAACACCAAAUUCUUGUGUUGUAAAAACGAAAUUGGUCUAAUUUAAAAUUGUAUCUACUGAUGAUGGAGGGAUGGUGGAAAAGGUGAGUAGUCAUAGUUCUGUUUCACCUGUUUUGCAUGGCUUCCCCACCCUCUUGUGUACCAUCACGGCCAUAUGCUACCACUACUAGAUAAGAAACGGUUUUACAUUCUAAACAACAGUCUAACUAUGCAACAGCAACAUAAAGUGAAGUCUGUACGAGGCGUGACCGUAAAGUAAGUACCAUUUGGUCAUUAAAAAAAUCAUGAAAAAAAAAUUUUUUAUUGAAAUUUUUAGUUUUGUACAUAUCUACAACAUAAUUUUAUAUAGUUUUCAUUCAGUUCCAAGUACUUUUCGCAACACUCUACCAGUUUAUUUAACCCCUCUGCAUAGAAGUUCGCAGCCUGGAAAUUAAACCAGUUGACAAUCGUAAUUUUGUACAUUUUGCUGUAAUUGUUGAAUCACGUUUCAUUAAAUCAACCAAAAUGAAUCCCAUUUCAUCCCAAAAAAUGGUAGCCAUCAUUUUUCGACUUGUGUACGGAGAUAGCUUUAACUUUUUCCAGAGUUGUUUACUGAGCGCCUGUACUUAAGCUACACGCAUUGCGUAUAUAAAGUUCAUGAUGCCUAUGACCGAGAUGUCCGUUCCAUUGCCAGCAUAUUUACUUUCCGGACACGCCUUGUAUAAGUCAAGACAAGUAACAAGUUAAAAGUUUUUUAACUUUCUUUAAAUGUCCGUCAUGUGUUCCAGAAAAUUGUUGAUGUGUGAAUUUUCAUCCAGACAUUUUUCAACUGUGGUGGGUAAGGUACUACAUAAAUAAAUUAUAAUUCAUCGUAACUGUAUGUUUUUAUUAAACAACACACGCACACUGGAAUAAUUUCAAACGUGAAUAAGUCCAAGAUAAUAGGCUCAUUGGCAAUAAUUGCUUUUCAAUUUUUUUUGGACCAUGUAAAUUGCUUGAAAGUUAAGAAUACAGUACCACCUUCAAAUAGAAAACUAAAAUUUCAUGUAAGCACAGAGUGAUUGUCGUAGAGUUUGCAUUCUGAAUGACUCAAUUUUAUUACAUCAUUGUGAAAAUUUAUAUAUGUCUGUAAUGUGAUGUAACAUGAAAAAUUAAAAAUAAAUACAGUUUUAUUAUUGAGCAAAAUUAUUUCACCAGUUAUAUACUCUCAUGAGUUAUAUAAUGCCAAAGCAAAAAAAAAAAAAAAAGAAA